AUGUCGUUUUUCAAGCCUAAAACAGAGGCUGUGGCGCCAAGAAAGGCACCAUGGGCAGAAAAGUAUCGACCUAGAUCUCUUGGAGAUGUUGCUUCUCAAGAAAUGGUUGUUGAGACGCUGAAAAAAACACUUCAAUCCGCCAAUUUGCCUCAUAUGCUCUUCUACGGUCCACCAGGUACCGGUAAAACAUCGACAAUUCUCGCGUUGGCUAAAGAUUUGUUUGGUCCAGAGUUGUCCAAAUCACGCGUUCUGGAGCUGAACGCGAGUGACGAACGCGGCAUCAACGUGGUUCGCGAAAAGAUCAAGAAUUUCGCCAGAACUGUUGUUACCACACCGCCGGCCAGUGCAGCACAAAACUAUCCCUGUCCACCCUUUAAAAUUAUUAUUCUUGACGAGGCCGACUCUAUGACCCAGGAUGCACAAGCUGCCCUACGUCGAACUAUGGAAACUUAUUCCAAAGUGACUCGCUUCUGUUUGGUUUGCAACUAUGUCACCCGAAUCAUCGAUCCACUUGCUUCACGUUGCUCGAAGUUCAGAUUCAAGCCACUGGAUGAAACAAAUGCUCUGGAGAGACUGCAGUACAUCUGCCAGCAAGAAGAAAUUGCCGCAAAUGAUGAGGUUUUGAGCAGACUGCUGAUUGUGGCUGGUGGUGAUCUACGAAAGGCCAUUACACUGUUGCAAUCGGCAAGCGGCCUGGCAAUGGGUAGCCCUAUAACUGUUGGGAUGGUCGAUGAGCUGGCUGGCAGAGUGCCAGAUGCUGUUAUUGACAGCCUUGUCAACAGCAUCAGCAAAGGCAUUUAUAAAGACAUUCAACAGACAGUCGACGACAUCUGCCUUGAAGGAUUCCCUGCAGCUGGAAUUGUCACGCAGCUACAUGACAAGAUCCUUACCGACCCUGGUUACAACGAUAAUGCCAAAAGUGUUGUUUCAGCGGCCCUGAGUGAAGCUGAUAAGCGCCUAAAUGACGGUGCCGAUGAGCAGAUCGAGAUUUUAAACGUCGCUUACCAUAUGGUAAACGUACUUAAAGUAUAA